AUGCCGGCGCACACCGCGGAGAGGCAGCUCACCCGUCUGCCGUCUGGACAAGGGAAAACCGCGUACAGACUCGGGGUGCUGUCUGGCCCUCCAGCUGAGUGUGGCCCAGUCGGCAAGCAGCAGGCACUUGCUGAGAACGCGUCGAGGCUGGGCAAAGUGAGCAGCCAGGCCCGGGGAACCAUGACCAUGGGCUACAUGCUGCUGGUUUUGAAAGUAGCCCAAAGCCGGGCAAGGCCCCGACCGGAGCCCCCUCCCUGGCCCGGUUCCUGGAAGCUUGGUCCCUGGGCCCGGCCAGCUCCUUGGGGCCUGGCGUGUGCACGGAAGCUGCCCCCAGCCGUGGCUGCGAGACCGUGGAGGCGGAGGGCCCGGCUGCCUGCUCUCUGCUCUGCGACGGCCACGGCCCAGGCUCCCCAGGUUCACUCCCAGCUUUGGAUCCGAGCUCCCAGGGGCCUGGCCUAUUUCCUGGUGAAGCUUCCUCAGGAAGCGCGGCGAGCAACCCCAUUUCCCUUGUUCCCAGAACGGGCAGGGAGCACAGAGGCAUGGGCCUUCUCAAGCAGCCGGGGCCACGCGGACAGUUCAGGGCCAGCCCGGCCCCGCCACACCUCCGUUCCCACAACUACAAACGGGGACGAGUCUCCCCUCCUGGAUCCUGCCAAGGGCCCAAAGCCAGCACCGCCGGGUCCUUCCUGUGGUCCCGAAACCUUCUGGAGGGAACAGCCAAGAGCUCACGGAGCCCGCGUGGUCUCCGCAGCCUCUUGGCACGAGGCUAGGCCCGGACGAGGGUGGGGGACAGAGAAUCAAGAGGGCGGACUUCGGGGCCGCGUAAGUGCGGACGCCGUCCACAGCCUCCCUCCAUCCCAGCCCCACAGCGACGUUCAGGACACACGGUGCGGCUGGCAGGCGGCUCGGGUCCCAGCUGGGCGUCCACCCCCUUCAGGAGUCCCGGGGGCUCAGGACGGAAGAGAGAGGACAGAAGACAGAGGAUGGCACUGUGCCCUCUCGCGCGGGACGAAGUGCGUUCACACGCCCCAGCGCCGCUCCCAGUUCCCCCGGCCUGCAGCAGGCGGAGGAAACACUGAUUCAUCCCGCAGAGAAGCGGCCAAGUACAAUGCAGAAAGGCAGCCAGGGUGCCACGGUUUACAAAGAUUGCCACGGGAACGGUUCCCUUCACAAAAGCAGCCUGGAUGCCCACGAGGCGAGCUUCUGGUCUGGGGAGGAGGGAGUUCUGUGCCCACAGGACGGCCUCGCCCCGCUCUGCCCUAAGCGGUACCUUCCCAGCUGCCGCCGUCCUUGAGCUCGUCUCCAUGGGCGUCUGGUUGAAGACCGAAAGCAAAGCCAACGCGCUGGCCCUUCCGCACGGGGCCGCCUCUCCCUCCGGCCCCACCGCCCUGCCCAGUCGGCCCCAACCCAGCCGAAGCCUGGCCUCCGGGGGUGGCUCGCUGGCCCAGAGCGGGCAGGAGUGUCUUUCUGCUCCUGGCCCAUUAGCCUCAGCUCUCGGGGACGCAGACAAAGAAAGACACAGAGGAGGUCUGUUUUCCCAGGCUAAGGUAAGACAGAUUGCAGUGACCCCAAGAACGAUCAGCUCCCUGGGACAGAAGGAAAUAAUUUUAUAAACUGACCUGCAGAUCCGAACAGAAUCUUUUAAAAAUCAAGGUUUUUAAUAGUGAUGAUGAAUCCCGGUGUCUCCCUUGGUGUUAGCCACGUGCUACCGUGGGAUCAGGCAGCCACAGGAGCCUGUCAUGUGUCCACACAUGCAUCCACAUGCCACUCGGGUGGGUGGGCAGAAUGGGUCAGCGGUGGACAUCUGCUGCUGUCCUCUUCUUCCCCUGCCUCCGUCCGCGCCCUCAGGGACCUACUGGGGGCACCCAGAGCACACUGGCCAGAGGGGGCCCGAGGGACUGCAACCACUGGUCACCAGAACUGCGAAAGGACAACAGCAGGACCAGACCCUGGUCUGCAGAAGGAGUGAGCCCAGAUGAGGAGGGACGCACACCGAGGGGAGGCGGGGACGUCAGGCUAUGAUCACAGCUCCGCCGCGCAGGCAAGCCGCUUGGCGGCCCCGGCUGGUCCCCUCCCUGCAGACCGCGAGUGCGAGGGUUGAGCUGAAGCAGCGUGGACACAAGCCCUGACGGCCACCAGGAGACCAAUGCCUUAAGCCCAGCUCCGGGGCCCGCGUGCGUGUGGGAGGCCUCAGCGUCUCACAGAAAUCAUGGUACGACCCAAUGCCUGUCGUGCCAGAGCACCACAUCGCGGGCCUGGCCCUACGCCAGGCCACGCGAUUUUCACGCCCAGGGCCAGGGGCCACUUCCCAGCCACUGGUGGGACCCCCGCAGAUGCCAGACAUUGUAAGGAGGUGCCAUGCGUGUGCUUCCAUGCGUGCGUGUGGAGAGAAGCUUCCGGAUCGGCUGAGCACCCCAGGACGCCAGCAUCACUAAGGGCCUCUGACCUGAGGUCUGCAGGCCAGGAGCGCAUGGACCUGGGACGGCCGAGGGGCUGACAGCCCAGGUGCCUGAGACCAGGGCCGGUACAAGCGGGCUCUCCCGUCCUGCGUGUGACAGGGACACGUCACCUCCACCUCACCUGUGCUCUGCAGGACACGUGUAUGGCAGCAAGUCAGGUGCAGGGUCAUGGGAGGUCCAGGUACUGGCCCAGGAGGCCUGUGUCUCACUGGCCGUGGUACCGUGAACUCCGGGGGCAUACGGCGGUAGGGCUGGCAGGCCACCCCUAGGCUCCGGACGGAGAGUGUGGCCACCUACUGAUGCUAAAAACAAAAUCUAUCUUCUUUCUAUUUUGAAAGGAAAAUCAGAUAUUGCUCCUGCUCCCAGUUCUCCAACAAUACACCAUCACACAGGGCAAACCAUGACGUCUGCCCCAUGCUGGCACCCACACACUCGCUGCCAUCUCCCAACCUGCCCCAAACUCGUGCUCCGGGUCCCUGACCCCAUUCUUCCUGCUCCCUGGACUCCUCCCUCAGACGUCCAAGAGCAACUGUUUGCAUAAAACCAUUUAUUCUAAAAAGCUGAGCUACAAAUACGUCUUCAAUCAAAAACUGUAAUUAAACUAUGUGACCGAGA